AUGUCGAACCAGGGAACUGAUAUAUGGAAUAAGUUCAAGUCAUCUACCAAAUCACUCUCAACAUCCUUUUCUAAUCUAUCGGUUAAAACCGAGAAGGAUGGAGAUACACCCGAGUCAACAUUAAUUCACAAAGCAUUAGUUAAACACUAUAGAAAAAAGGAGCCAUUUGAGGGCUUUCCAGAAUGGUUAGGACAUACAGAAGAGAUCCCUGAUAGACAAACACCCAUAAAUAGUGCACGAAUUUCAAGCCCAGGCCAGUCUUCGCGGAGUGGGGAAAGUUCAGUCAGAAGCACUGCUGGGAUGGCUUUCCAAAAAAUAUACUCUUCGGUUCAAUCAGCGAAGACUAGCGGUGAGUAUACUUCCUCCAGGAACUUUUACCAACAAGAAUCACACCUCUCUGACCAAUACGGUGAUUCCGGUAGUGCGGGUUCCACCUUUAGAUUGCAACGCGAAUAUGCUCCCGGCUCUGGCCGACUUAAUUCAGAUGGGAGUGCUUCAACGGGGUCUCAGCGGGGAGCGGUUCGCUCCCAUUCCCAUAGAAUGCUGGCACAUAUGAGAUCAAACAUUUCUAGGCGAGAAACUUUUGACCUUUGA